UUUCUCUGCGUUCCCGGCAAUAGGAAGAUAACAAUGGCGACCGCAGAAGGUGAAAGUGAGGACGGUCCGCGGGAAACCAAGCUGGUUUUGUACCAUUUCGUUACAUCGUUUUACUCCCAGAAGGCACGGCUGGCCCUUAUAGAGAAGCGUCUGAAGUACGAGGAGCAUGACGUCAGCCUGCCGCUCAACGAGAACACGGAGCCGUGGUUCAUGCGGAUCAACCCGUCCGGCGAGGUUCCCGUACUGGUGCACGGCGAGCAGAUCCUCGCUGACGCCAACAGCAUCAUCGACUACAUCGAGGAAACCUUCACUGAUGACUCUGUACCGAGGCUCGUACCUCCGGAGGACACCAGGGCGGGGAGACGCGUCCGGUAUUUCCGUGAGAUCCUGGACAACCUUCCCGUGGCGGCGUACACCCACGGCUGUAUCCUCCACCCACAGCUCACGGCAGACAGCAUGAUCCCCAGCUACGCUACCGCUAAACUAAAAGGCAUGAUAGCCCAAACAGAACAGACGCUGACGAAGCGAGCGAGCGAACAUCCCGACCUGAGCGAAGCAUACAUGAAGAAACAGAAGCAGCUCCAGCAGCAGCUGCAGCAGCAUGACGACAUCAACUACAUGAAGAGGCUUCUGCACGACCUGGAGGAGACACUGGACUUCGUGGAGAAGGAGCUGGUGCAAAGGUUCAAGGAGACACAAGAAUCCGGCCAGCAGAUGUGGCUGUGCUGCGAAAGCUUCACAGCGGCUGACAUCGCGCUGUCCACCCUCCUACACCGGCUGACAUUCCUGGGGCUGUCCCGCCGUUACUGGGGCAACGGGAUCCGCCCGCACAUCCAGAACUACUACACCAGGGUACAGGAACACCCCUCUUUCAAACAGGUGAGACUCAUCCAGAACUACUACACCAGGGUACAGGAACACCCCUCUUUCAAACAGGUGAGACUCAUCCAGAACUACUACACCAGGGUACAGGAACACCCCUCUUUCAAACAGGUGAGACUCAUCCAGAACUACUACACCAGGGUACAGGAACACCCCUCUUUCAAACAGGUGCUGGGGAACGUGAACAACAUCCUGUGGUCGGCCGUCAUGCCCACUAUAUUCCGCAUGGUGAAGCGGAGGAGUCCACACAUCAUGACGGGGGCGUCCGUUCUCGCGCUCUCGGCCUCCCUCAUGUACAUGUAUUUCAAGAGGAAGUGGGUUUUCGCACGGGGCUCGUGGCUAGGGCAGAGAUUGGUCAUGAAUAUUUGGUCGUCUUCGAACGUUUGAGGCAACGUCGUCUGCAGCACUUCCCCGGGGAUGCGUGUGCUCGAUUUACAAAAUGUACCUCACCCUGCAAUGUGUCAUUUUCAGCUUCUGAUGUCAACCUGAAGCCAGCUCUAGUCUAGCAAUUGUGUUGCAUAUACAGGCUUUUUAUACGAGCGAUCGAUGUUGUUGUUUUCAUCCGGAGUAUUUGACGGGGU